AAAGGGAGAGAGGGAGGAAGGAGCUCUUUCUUGUGCUUAUUCAUGUGGUGCCUCCCACGUGUGGCCCUGUGUUAGAUGCUUUUAGAACAAGUGGCGUCAGCAGCAGGGACCACAGCUCACUUCAGCCGUCCUGGCCUGAGGUACAUGUGAAGUACCCACAGCACGAUGGCUUCUUUUGGUAUCUUUUGCCAUCAUAACAGAUGUGGUCUCUACAAGCCUGAGACCCAGGGCUGGUGGGUAGAGAUGGGAAGGGGAGACAACAGGGUGGGGAUGAAAGAGAUAUAAUUAAAUUUGAAGAAAAACUUACAGCAAAAUUAUGCAAAGAUGCAAGGGAUUUACUCAGGAGGAAAUAUGCUCCCUGCUGGCAAAGGGAGGUCAGGGGAGGCCAGGCAGUCCUGGAACCAGGAGCCGCCCUAGGACCUGCAGCUGUAGCAUCAGGACUCAGAGGGGUCCCCUGAGGUUGGGCAGGCCAGGCCCAGGCAGCAGAAGCCAUGGCUCCAGUACCCUGUCCAAGGGCUGCUGGGCCUCGGCCAAGCGGCCAUGUUGGGACUUCGGUCCCGCCAACCUCAGACCAGGCCUGGGAGACAGGAAAUCGCUCGCUCAGGGCCUGAAAGGCCCCCUAAGCGUGCCCUGGCUCCCUCCUGCCUCCCACAGUGGCCUCGGGCCCCUGCGCCCCGCGCCCAUGGGGUUAAAUCUCUCCCUGUCUCCCUCUGCUCCAAGUUGUUUUCCAAGCGAGGCAGAGAAUGGUUCUCUUGUUACCAACAUGGCUUCUGGGCAUUGGGUAAUGCGCGCCUCUUCUCCCGGCCUGCUCCACAAAGGGACCUUUUGUUCCCCUCCCUGCCCCUCUCUCUGGCUCUUCCCCGGCCCCCCACCCACCCUGACUCCCUCCUCCCCAAGCCUCCCGCCCUGCGCUGCACCCCGGGGCCGCCAGGAGUGACCGUGGCCUGGCCAUGGCGCCCUCCCUCCCUGAGCGCCCUGCGAACGAGCACCGGGCCUGGUGGCUGCGGCCGCCAUAUUGCAGGCGGCCAUGUGGCUUUGAGGAGGCCACAGAGAGGUGGCCAGGGGGCAACAGGAUGUCCUCAGUGUACCUUCUGUCCCCAGGGAGGGGGGACCCUCCGGCCCCUACCCUGGGCCACCUCCCUGCGCCGAGACAUGCCGCCUUCCCGUCCACCAUCUUGCUCCAUCUGCACAGCGGUCACCGGCUGGGAGUGGCGGCCCACCUUCCGGAAGUGGAGGCUGAGGCUCAGCGGGGCCACUGCCCACCCACCUCUGGAGAGGCCUGGCACCUUAGGGAGGGGACCUAGGCAGAUCCCAGCAAACCUGGCCCCCUUGUCUGGAAUCACAGAGGCUAGAGCCUGUGCUUGGGUGCGACAAAGAAUCAUCAAUUCCAUCACCUCAUGCCGUCCCUGCAUUUACAGCAAUAUGAAACAGAGCAAAGUGACUGCUCAUGGGGUACCUGCAUGGUGCCAGCAAGCGAAUGGAAAAGGCACAAUUUUAUGGGUCCAGGAUACUGAGGCUCAGACAGGUGAGCUGACUUGCCCGAGGCCCUGAGGCCGGUAACUGGCGGACAGACUGCACUGGACACCAGAGCCCGGCUGGUGACCACUAAGCUGGUGAUGGAGACAGGUCAUGGCAGCUGGCAGAGAGGGCGACGUGGGAGACACAGUCAGACUGAUGGACCGGAUGGUGGUGGGGGGGGCAUGGGGAAGGGAGGCACUGAGGAUGCCCUAGGUUUUGGGCCUAGGUGACCAGGUGGAAGGUCAUUCCAUUUCCUGAGUGAGGGACACAGCAGGACAGGCAGGCUUGGGGAGGAGGGACACGUUGAGUCUGAGAGGCUGUCAGGGUGUCUGUGUGGGGAUGACUGGGAGGCCUGGAGUCUAGGCUGGGGAUCUGGACGAGGGCAAAAUGAGCUCAUAGGGCAAGGGGAAGGCAUGUGGGUGGGCGGAGGGGCCCCAGCCCUGGAGAUGGUGCCGACAGCAGAUGCUACACAGCGUUUACUCUGUGCCAGACAUGAUCCUAAGCCCUUGUGUUAUUUAAAUUCUCCCAACAAACCUAUGACGGGGCACCAUUACCACCCCCAUUUUAUAGAUGGGGAAACUAAGCAAGAGCAAUUCAGUCUGGAAUGUCCAAAUAGAUACAUCUGUAGAGAUAGAAAGUAAAUUGGUGGUUGCCUAGGGCUGGGGAGUUGGGGGAUGAUGACUUAAAGGGUGCAGGGCUCGCUUGCUUGCUUGCUUGCUUGCUUGCUUUCUUUCUUUCUUUCUUUCUUUCUUUCUUUCUUUCUUUCUUUCUUUCUUUCUUUUUCAGUUUUAUUAGGUAGAAUUGUUAUAGUUUGACUGCACAUAUAUAAUAUUUUGUAUG